UUCCAAAGUCGGGAUAUCACUCUGGGGUCUGUCUUUCACUUAUCUUCCUUCUUGCAGGUUUUCACUUUCCAUCUCGGAAAUCCGUCGGAAGAGUCCAAUUAUCCUUUCUUUUCUUAAUUUGGGGACUUUUACGGACAUUAAGAUGUAAGGUGCUCGAUUCAGUCCACACAUUUUUAUCCAUUUUUGUCCGUAGUACUUAACCCCUGUUCGACGUAGCGCGAACGCAUCGGCCCAGAAAACAACCUCAAUUUCUCAUCAAUCAACGCUAUAGAACUGAGAACACUCCCUUAUAAAGCAAGGCGAUAUACACGAAAGAAAACAGAGGGAACACUCCCUUAUAAUACACGGAAAGAAACAGAGGGCAAGAAAAUAUGACUUGUGGGUUCAUCUCUGGAAGCGGUGUUAACUUCGAUCUUUGCAUAAAGCCGAUACCGUUGAGCAGAAGAUCGACGAGUGAGACUUGUAAUUGCGUUUUCCUCAAUACCCAAAAGCCCAAAAUUAGUUUCUUCAUCGAAAACCGUGGUGGGUCUUUCAGAACAAAGGCCGCCAUUAACGAUGGUUUCGUCACUGAAAGUUCAGGGAUGAGUUUCUAUGAGUUGCUGGGGAUUUCACAAGGUGGGACCUCUUCGGAAAUCAAGCAAGCUUACAAGCAGUUGGCGAGGAAGUACCAUCCUGACGUGUCGCCACCGGACCGGAUAGAUGAGCAUACCAGGAGGUUUAUUCAAAUUCAGGAGGCGUACGAGGUGUUGUCUGAUCCCAGCAGAAGAGCUUUAUAUGAUAGAGAUUUGGCCAGGGGUUUGCAUCUCACUUUCUCGGCCCGUAAACAAUACCAAUAUGAUGAGGGAUUGGAAGAGAGAGAUGACUGGAGAAGUCGUUGGAAGUCUCAACUUUCAGAGUUGAAGAGAAGGACAAUGUACAAGGAUUCAAGGAGAAAUAUGUCAUGGGGAGCUCGGAUGCGCAGGCAAAGGAAUGAAUCAUCAGCAGAGUAACCAUCUCUUGUUUUUUUUUUUUUUUCUUUUCAUUGUUUCUUCUUUCCUUUUUAAUGUAAGGUGGUUUCAAAAUGGAUAAGUUAACUUAUCUUACAAACCAUGUUAGCUACAACCUGUAAGAAAAGCAUAUUGUACAGAAAUAUUAGAAGUUUACUUUCUGUUUUAUCUUAAUGAGAGUUCCAUUUCCAGUGUCUAAGUUCA